CUUGGGGGAAACCGCAGCAGCCAGGUUCACAGAAGAACAAUUCACCCAAAUGGUAGCAAGUGGGUGGGUGAGCUCCUUGGCCAAAGGAUGCGUGGCGGCAGGAAUUUUAGGUGACAUCUAAGGGUGACAGGUAAACACUUGGAUAAGAGAACUCUUGGGUUUCCUAAACAAAUAAGCCACGUCUGACUCGGAAAAUCUCCAGCGCUGAAAAUAUUUCGUGAUGGAGAGACUAGGUGAGCAUGGCAGCACGUGUGCUUGCCUGCUCCCCGCUGCUCGCUGGGCAGCUGCUGGAGGCACGGCCGGGGCUGGCUGGGAGAGGCUGUUCUCGCUCUCCUGUCCAUAUGUACCCAACGGCACCCACCGUGCGAGCCGAGGUGAAUGGCAGCCACACCGCCAUCCUGGGUAUCCCAUCGGACAGGCUCGCUGGCAGCUGGCACUGAGCCUUCCGUCUGUCCCAGGCCAGCUCAGCGCGGCCACGCUGCUGCUGUGACACUUUGUGUCCGACCGGCACAGGGCUGAAAGCUCAGCCCUCCCUCCCAGCGCGGGGCCGGGCCCUGGGCUCUCACCGCGCCCCUUCCGCCCGUGCCGCUGGCGGAGCGCUCCCUGUCGUUUCCCGGAGCGGAUCCCUGUCGCUGGCGGAGCGGGUCGCUGUCGUUUCCCGGAGCGGUCCCUGUCGCUGCCCGGAGCGGGUCGCUGUCGUUUCCCGGAGCGGUCCCUGUCGCUGCCCUGAGCGGAUCCCUGUCGCUGCCCGGCGCGGUCCCUGUCGCUGCCCGGCUCCCCAGCAGCCGCUGGCAGCCGCCAUGGCUCUGUGCUGGGCGCUGCGGCCGCCGCGCUGCCGCCUCCGGCCGCCGCCGCUCGCCCUGCCCGCGCCGCCCCGCAGCCUGCUGGCAACCACAGCGGCACCGUGGGAGCGGAGGGGAAAGGCCACGGUGAGCUGCAGCCUGCCAGAGCCUUCCUGGGAGGAGAGGUUAGCAAAUGCAGUGACGCCACUGUGGAGACUUCCCUACCAAGAGCAGCUGCAGGUAAAGUAUGAAAGCCAGAGGAAGAUUUUGCAGACACUGGCAUCUCGUCUUGAGGAGCUGGGCAUAGAUGCACAGAAACCUGGUGGGCUCUGCUGUCCUCUGCAGCCUGUAGUCCCUUCGCCCAUCAUUAACGGCUACCGAAACAAAUCGACUUUCUCUGUGAACCGAGGGCCAGAUGGGAACCCCAAAACUGUGGGGUUGUAUGUAGGAACUGGCAGAGAAAGGAAUAUUGUCUGUGUGAAAGCCAAUCAUGUGGAGAACAUACCCUCAAAACACAAACAAGUAGCUCAGUGCUACGAGGAGUUCAUCUGUCACUCCCCCCUGGACUCCUGCAUCCUCUUCCAUGAAGGUGGGCACUGGCGAGAGCUCGUGGUUCGUACCACCCGCUGUGGCCACACCAUGGCUAUCAUCACCUUCCACCCCCAGCAGCUGGGCCAGGAGGCACUGGCUACUCAGAAAGCAUUGCUGAAGGAGUUCUUCACAUGUGGGCCUGGAGCCGUCUGUGCCUUGACUUCGCUUUAUUUCCAAGAGAGCACCAUGACACGCUGCUCCCACGAGCAGUCCCCCUACCAGCUCCUGCACGGAGCACCGCACAUCUUGGAAGAGCUGCUCGGCCUGCAGUUCCGCAUCUCUCCAGACGCCUUCUUCCAAGUCAACACGGCUGGAGCAGAAGUUCUGUACCAGGCAGUCAGGGAGCUCUGCCAGGCUACUGGGGACACUGUCCUCCUUGACAUCUGCUGUGGAACAGGCACAAUUGGUCUCUCUCUGGCUCACCAAGUGUCCAAGGUUAUUGGUGUCGAGGUGGUGGAGAAGGCAAUAGAGGAUGCUGAGUGGAAUGCAGCAUUCAAUGGGAUCUCAAACUGUGAGUUUCACAGUGGAAAGGCAGAGGCUGUGUUACCACAGCUCCUGGCAUCGUGGGAGGAUGCCCGACCGCUUGUUGCUGUUGUGAACCCUUCUCGGGCUGGCCUACACUACAGGGUCGUUCGAGCCAUCCGGAACUGCAGGGCCAUCCGCAGGCUGCUCUACAUCUCCUGCAAGCCAGAGGGUGAAGCCAUGAGGAACUUCCUCGAGCUGUGCUGCCCACCUGACCCACGGAAGAAGCUGGCACGGGAGCCAUUUGCCCCCGUGAUGGCUAUUCCUUUUGACAUGUUUCCUCACACAGUUCAUUGUGAGCUGGUGCUGCUGUUCACCCGCUGACAAGGAGGCAGGAAUGAGCUCUGAGAGCUUGGAAAGCAACCUCCUCCUGUCCUGAAGAGCCAAUGUAGUUAGGAUUUUAACUUAUUUUCUGUGAAGUUGUAUAAAAAUAAAUAAUUUUGGUUUUUCUCUUACUUUGGGUUGCCUAGCAACACUGUUCUGUAAAGAUCUACUUGGAUUUCUGGGGUGAAAGGUUCUUUGUAGCAUUUCAUCACCCUUCCUUCCCCUGCAAACCUCAGGCUGCUGGUUAAAGCAGCCUGGAAAACUCUCUCCCUAUGUUGAGGAAUCUGUAGCUGGUGUUCGAGCUGCAAGUUGUGCCCUGGAUAGUGGGAAAUCGCUGGAGCCCCAGGCAAGGAGCCGUGAAUGGGCGCUGACCUUGUCCCUAACAAAGGACACGGGACUUCCAGCGCUGGCUGGGUGUGGGUGGCUUCUCACCCACAGGCUCUGCACAAACCGGUGAACAAUGAGAAGACACCAGAGUCUAAUUUUCCACUGGUCAGAGCUGUUGUGGGAGAUUUAAGUUGGAAGAGUGUGAAAGCCAGGGAUUCCUACUUGGGGUCCAUGCCCGGAGGAGGCACCAGCUUCAACAAUGAGGUUUUUCUAUAAAACGAAAUAAAGAGAACAGAUUUCAGCGUCUCUCUUUUCACAUCUGCCUCCCCCUUCUCCACUAAUGAUUCCUGAUGCCUAAGUAUGAAGUGCCCUGUGAGAAUGUCAGCUGCAAUAUUUUUCCUCUUCAGGAUGUUCUGCAAUAGCUAAUUAAAAUUUUUCUUCUGUUUUGUAUGUCCUGUCCUGCUUACAGUGUUGUUAUAUUUCUCCAGCUCUUCCAGAGAUGAAGCUGCUGUAAUGUGGAGGGGAGUCUAAGUGA